GUUCGAUGAUGUGAUUGACAGCAGCGCACAGCUUCCGAAUCGACUGCUUAUUGUGAACAUAAACUUUGAUCAUUUUGCGUCAGAGUUAUGGCUGCUGUUAUUAAGCUUCUCUCGCCUUGGAGAUUUGAUCGACUGGUCCGAGCGAGUAAGGCUGCAUUCAUACCGUGUGUUCAGCUGCACAGCACUGCUGCAGUUAUGGGAGCAUCAGUUGAAGAGUUCAACGCGGCCAAAGAAAAGCUAGGAACUCUGAAGAAGGACCCAGGGAAUGAAGUCAAACUCAAGGUCUAUGCACUCUUUAAACAGGCAACACAAGGACCCUGCAACACCCCCAAACCCGGGAUGCUGGACUUUGUGAAUAAAGCCAAAUGGGACGCGUGGAAGAGUCUGGGCUCCGUGUCACAGGAAGAGGCCAGGCAGCAGUAUGUGGAUCUCAUCACGUCUCUGGUGGGGGCAGAAGCUCCUGCAGUGGCGGCGCAGCCGACCGGGAGCACGAAGGGCUUCCAGACCCUGCUGGUCAGCACAGAGGACAACAUCACCACCAUCCGAUUGAACAGACCCGAGAAAAAGAACGCCAUCACUGUGGAGAUGUACAAUGAGCUAAUCGAAGCUUUGGAUCUCGCUGGCAAAGACGAUUCUGUCAUCACAGUAAUAACAGGUAAUGGAGAUUAUUACUGCAGUGGAAAUGACCUGAACAACUUUACAAAAAUCCCUGAGGGUGGAAUAGAGAAGUUGGCUAAAGAAUCUGGGGAAUUACUGAAGAGGUACGUAGAGGCGUACAUUGACUUCCCCAAACCCCUGAUUGGAGUUAUAAACGGACCUGCGGUGGGUUUGUCAGUCACCCUGUUGGGACUUUUUGAUGUGGUUUAUGCCACAGAGAGGGCGACGUUUCACACACCCUUCAGUCAGUUGGGUCAGAGUCCAGAGGGCUGCUCUUCAUAUAUUUUCCCUAAAAUUAUGGGUGCAGCAAAGGCUAGUGAGAUGCUGUUGUUUAAUAAGAAGGUGACGGCCGCACAGGCCUGCGAAUUGGGUUUGGUGACCGAGGUCUUUCCAGACAGCUCCUUCCAGUCGGAGGUGUGGACCAGACUGAAGGCCUAUGCCAAACUGCCCAGGAACUCUCUGGCUCUGUCGAAGCAGCUGAUGCGCGGGGUGGAGAAGGAGAAACUUUACGCCGUGAACAACGCAGAGGUGGAGAGACUGGCGGAGCGCUGGCUGUCAGACGAAUGCAUGCAGGCCGUCAUGAGCUUCUUCCAGGCCAAGUCUAAACUCUGAGAAGAGUCCAAGGAACAUUCAGCUUCCUUCCAAAAUUAACUUUAAUUUGCACUUGUUUUUUCAGCAAACGUAUAUCCUACAAACAAAAGUAAGACUAACCCAACUCAUCUGAACAAUGUGUUCUCCAAAAUUGUAUAUGAUUUGUAUAGCAUUGGAUGAUGUAUACAUACGAGACAUUUUAUUUAGUCAUUCUGUCAUAACAGUUUAAUUGGACAACCAUGUAAUAUAGUAUUUUAAAACAAAACGAACCGUCUGUUCCAUUAACUGUACCAGAUGUGCACUUAGUAGUUCGUAACACUCAGUGCCUUACUAAUGUAAAUGCAUUUAGGGCCAAAAUUCAGUACUUAUACUGUAUGUUCAGUAUCAGAUUUAUCAAAACAUUAAAUAAUUUGUAUAGUCCUGUCCUGAAUAAAAAAAUUAAUAACCACUUA